CAUGCCACCACCUAUAACUACUUUUUGCUUUUUUUUCUCAUACACUUUUGAUGCAACGAACACACAUCCUGUCACAUUGGAAUUCAAUUUUUUUUUCUUCCAAACCGGACACAGUAAACAGACCCAUAAACACACGCAACUGCAAAACGUCGAGGAUGAAUCUUUCUCUCUUGCAGCACGUUUAAUAUCAUUCAGAUCCAUCUUUUUUUAUCAAAAAAAAAAAACACCAGUUAACUCGCGUGGGAAUCCCGGCUUCCACUCCAUUUUUCCACCAGCACUUGGAAGUUCAACACGAUUAUAUCAUACUGAGUCAUCGUCACCUAGACCCUUCAUGCGAACCCCCGCCAUCAACCACCUUCAUUUUCUUCAUUUUUCUUCCUGUUUCUCAGUUUUCAGUCUGAAAUCAAAAAAAACAACCCAAAGUAUAUUCUUCUCCACCUACACACACAACUUCCAAGCAUCAAAAGAGCACACACGGUGAGAGCACAGAAAGAAAAAAAAAAGAUAGAGAAGGGAAGCCAGCCAAGGUGAGGAAAGAAUCAAUGCGAGGCCAAAAUCACUGCACGAAGAUGGGAGGUAAGCGUGAACGAAGAUAGGAGAGUGCAGAUUGAUCGAGGGAAUGAGGAUCGUUGGGCUCACUGGUGGAAUAGCGUCUGGGAAGAGCACCGUUUCGAAUCUGUUCAAGUCGCAUGGUCUUCCCGUUGUGGAUGCCGAUGUCGUUGCUCGUGAGGUGUUAAGGAAAGGGAGUGGUGGAUGGAAGAAAGUGGUUGCGGCUUUCGGGGACGAAAUUCUUCUCGAAGAUGGAGAAGUGAAUAGACCCAGGCUUGGUCAAAUUGUUUUCUCCGACCCGGAUAAGCGUCAAUUUCUGAACCGAUUAUUGGCACCUUACAUUGCGCGUGGGAUAUUUUGGGAGGUUUUGAAGCUAUGGGUGAAGGGUUACAAGGUCAUUGUUCUUGAUGUGCCUUUGUUAUUUGAAGCCAAGAUGGACAAGUUCACGAAGCCUGUUAUUGUUGUUUGGGUUGAUCCCGAGACGCAGAUUCAACGGCUCUUGGCCAGAGACAAGUCCGCGGAGGAGGAGGAUGCUCGGAAUAGGAUCAAUGCUCAAAUGCCAUUGGAUGUGAAAAGGGGUAAAGCAGAUAUAGUUAUAGAUAACACUGGUUCGUUUGAUGACUUGAGCCAGCAUUUUCAGAAAGUUUAUGUUGAGGUCUCAAAGCCAUUGACAUGGGCUGAGUUUUGGCGCUCCAGACAUGGAGUGUUCACCAUUCUUGCUUCUGUCACCUCAGGUGUUGUUCUAUUUAUCAAGGCAUUCAGCAACCAUACCAACACUUUAUAGCUACUUGUGUUCUGCACGUUAUUUGUUAAUACAUGAUAUGUAUCCCCUUAAAAUCCAAAACCCAUGAGUUCUUUUCUGUAAUGGUGCUGUUCAAAGAUGAAUAGUUUAAAUUUGAAUAUUCAGCUUCAAAUUUUAAAUAACUGUGAGAUGAACCAUAGUGUUAUAUUUCUUGUGUCUUGUUUUGUUUCUUUUUGUUGUUGUGAGGAUUGGAAAUGAGUAUUAUUAUUUGGUCAUGAAGGAUUCUGAAUUUUAAAUAUGUAUUAUGCUUGAUCA